AUGAGGAUCCUGUUCCUACUGGCGUUGCAGGGCUGGAUGCUCGCUGGCCUUGGGCACGAAGUCCUGGAGGCGACCUGCGAUGAGGCGGCAUUGCUCCAGAAGGAGAAACGGAUGAACCGCAGCGCCGCAAGUGAUGGCUUGGCCGGGCUGACAAGCCGUCUCGCCUCCUCCGUCAGGGCGCUCGGCUUGGGACUCGGGCCCCUGGCGGACAGCUUGAAGAACUUCAACGUUAGCCUCAAUGUCUCUGUUUGGCAGGCAGGAGCCUUUCCAGAGCUUGUGCAGCAGCUCGACAGGGUCCUGGAAGAUAUUCGCAAGGAGGUUGCCGCCGCACUCCGAAGGCUCGAAGAGGGACUUGUUGCUUGCAAUGGUCAGCUGCGACAGGAGCUCGGGGUAUCUACAGCUGCAGAUAUCCCCGCUCUGAAAGAACAUGCUGAAACCAUGCGUAGCUGUACGGAUUCCUCUGUCUGGACAUGGACCGUCAAUGCCUCCUCCAUGGGCGCCGUGGGCGGGGGUGCGGAAUCAGCCGAAUCAGCGGAAUGGGUGGGAUGGGCCCGACGAUGGAAGAAAAGGCCGAAGGCCGAGAGAGAGCGCUGCGAGCAUGCGUGGGGUGCGUUCCCGGGCCUCUUUCAGAAGCUCCGGGUGCGCUUGGUGUCCGCUUGCUCAUCAUACGAUGUAUGUUGGGCUGAGGCCGAGUCAGCCCACAAACUGGCGGCUGCCUCCACCGAUCAGAAGUGGCUCGCCUAUGAGGCCACGAGGGGGAUAAUACGUGAGCUCUGCAGUUUUGGCAACUGCACGGAGGGCGAUGCCGGUGAAGAUGCUGACUCUGCCAAAGUCUCUGCUGACCUUGCGGCCGUGACGCCGGCCAGACAAAGCUGUGAGCUGGCGGCAUGCAUUGCGCUGUCCGCCCACACAAUGGCUUUGCAUUGCGAUGCGUCGGCUUGCAGCGCGACGCUUGCUGACCCGGGAAGUGCCUCCAAGCCAGAGGCGGAGCACUGCUGGCAAUGGCCGGGUCAGCUGAGCUACGAGUGCCACGAGAAUUGCAGGGGAGUCGUGGAGCAUCAAUCUCCCUCCUACUACCGCUGGCACUCCCAAGACCGGCAUGCGCAAGACCGACGCUUCCGGCACUUCAGACGCAGGUGA